AUGGAAUAAGAGAGCGAAGAAAUUAGAUCUGCAUUUCCAGAAUAUCUCACAAAUACAUAAGAAGAUGGUGAACAUGUAGCUAUUAAUAUAUAAUUAUCAGCUUGAUUAGUGCUUAUAAUAAUUUGAGACAUUAGUUAAUAAUUACAAAGAUGAACAAAAUAUCUUAUCAGCUAUUGAAUCUAAGAUUACUAUGGUUGUUAAUUAAACUCCAAUUUAAUCUAUUAUUGAUUGCUAUGAAAACAUUGCUAAAGAUUAUAAUUUAUAAGUAAAAUUGAAUUUGAAAAUAGACUAAAAUGUUUAGGGUAUCAAAAUUUCAUGACUAAAAACAUUUACCACAAAUUCCAAUAUUAAAUUAAUAUCUUGGAUGCAAAAUUAAAAGUUUACCUUGGCCUGUUAUUGGUGAUGUAAAUUCUACUCAAUUAUAAGAAUAAUUGAUUAAAUUAUAUAAUUUUAACUAUGGGAGAAUAGCAUUACAUGAAUUAUUAUUAUUAUGGUUUCCUUCAUUAAUAAAACCAUAUUUUAAUGUGUUAGAUAGUUUAUUAAAUACACAAACAAAAUUAACAUAAGAUGAGAAAUAUUACUUUGCAAUUAUGGUAAUUAAUUAAUAUUAAUAUAUUUAGGGAGCUGCAGCAUCAGGAAGUGACUAAUUAUAUGAUUUAUUAAUUUAGCAUUUUUAUUUAAAUGAUGGAGAGAAAAAUUGGGUUGAAUUAGGAUAUGAGAGUAUUGAUGAGAAAAUUAAAUCUUUAGAUACAAUUUGUAAAAUUCUGAUUCAGAAACCUUGGGAAUAAUCACUAAAAAACACAUUAUAAUUGAUAAUUAAAAAUAAUAAGUGGAACAAAAGAGAAUUAAUCUAAGCAUUAAUGAUAUUCAUUUAUUUUAAUAAUAUAGGAUGUUUCUCUUAGGGUAAUGGUAUACUUAAAGAAAUAGAUUAUACUCUUAAAUUAUAAUCUGGUAAUACUAGUAUCAGUUUUACAUUACCUUAAGAAUAAUAAUAAUAAUAAUAAAUAGAUCUUACAUAAAAUGAAUAUAUUAUUUAGGAAUUAAAAAACUAAGCUCUAUUAGAUGCUAAGUUUGACAAUCCAAAUUACUCAUCUGAAAAAAUUGUAUAAGUCAAAUCUAAAUAAUAAUCAAUUGAUGAACCUCAAGAAUUAUUUGAUUUGGAUGAAGAUCAAUUGAUAAUAAAGUUUAAAGAGAAAUUCUAAAAAUAUUUCACAAAUGAGGAAAUAAAGGACUCAACUGGAUAUUAAAUAUUACGAUUUUCUGUAGUGAUUAAUUGAUAUUUUAUAGGAAUACAACUUUUAAAUGAACAGUUAUCCUGUUUUAAAGUCAAUAUAUCCAGAAGGAGCUUAGACAAUACAUGAUUUUUUAUUGGAAGUCAAAUAAAUGACAAGAAAUACAUUUGGCAAAGAGUAAUAGAUAACUACAUCGGCUUUCAGAAAGGCCAUAAGAGUUUAUGCUCAAAAUAUUUAUCGAUAUUAACAUGAUGAUAUUGAUUAUUCAACCUAGGUACAUUCAUUAUACAAUAUAUAAAGAUGAAUAAAUUACUACCUAAAGAACUAAAGGCUUUUAUAAAGAUUGUUAGUUUGACACCAAAUUUAUUAUAAAAGAAACAUCUAGAUAUUAUACCUUUGAAAUUAAGUGCAGAUGAAUUAUGUCAUAUCACAUUAUUGACUAUUGCUGCCAAAAUUGAAGUUCAAUUGAUAUAUUUAUCUAAAGCUUUAGUAGAUUGUAUGUGA